AAUUGUUGCAUUUCAUUAGACAUUCAGUAUUCUGAUUCUAUUUAAAGCAAAUCCUCUUUGAAUUUUGGCAUACAUUUUUCUACUUAUUAUUUAUAAAUUCUGGUGUCAAAAUGAAAUUGAAUAAGAAAUUAUUUCCAAUGAAAGCUCACUAUUUCAUGUUCUACGCAGGAAGUUCUCCUAUUUUUCCUUUCUUGCCCCUAAUACUAAAAGAUUUAGGAUAUUCAUCUAUAUCAGUUGGAUGGAUUUUUACUGCAUACCCAAUAAUAGUAAUCUUAGUGAGACCUAUAUGCGGUACCAUAGCAGAUAAAUAUAGAUGUCAUAGAAUUAUUUUCAUUGUUAUGUUGAUUCUUCAUAUAAUGACUGGUUUCAUAAUUCAGUGGUUACCAAGUAUUCCCUUUAAUACCACAGCGGAACUACUUUGUGAUAGAAAUCUUAGUCUGAGAGUUUGUUCAGAAAGAUUGAAUGAGUCUCUAAUUGAAAAUGUUGAUUACAUCGAUAAGAUUGGAAAAUCUGUUGAUGCUACCAUCACUUGUAAGGUUGAUACUGAGGACUCAUUUCAGUUUGAAGAUGAAGACACAUUUAUUAGAUUGGGUCCAGAAUACUAUUUGAAAGACAAUUGUUUAGUGGCAGAACUAUCGCAUCUUUCUGAUCUCUCAACUUACAGUGUAGAACAAUGUAAAAACAAAACCUCUAUUUUAAUGAAUAUCUGCUGUGAUAAUGCAGACUUGAUGGAGAUAAUAAAGAAAAAAUCUGUUGAUGAUGAUGCGGAAACAGGAACUACUGCGUUUUGGAUUGCAUUUGCAUUAAUCAUUGCCUAUAGGGUCAUAGUCAGUGUAUUACAGAGUUUUAGUGAUGCAUAUUGUUUUAUUCUUCUAGGUGAUAAACCACAAAAUUUUGGCGUACAGAGGUUGUGGGGAGCAGCUAGUUGGGGUAUUUUUGCUUUCAUCAAUGGCAUAGUUGUGGAUAAAUUCAGCAAAGGGAUGUUGAAUAAGAAUUUUACUCCAUCAUAUUAUAUGUUUCUUGUAUUACUCUCAUUGGAUUUUGUAGUUUUCUUAAACAUAAAAGCAAAAUUUACCAAGAAAUCCAAAAACCUGAUGACUGAUAUUAAAAAGUUAUUCACGGAUCUUCGCAUCUGCCUCUUUAUGUUUUGGUGCUUCCUUGGUGGAGUUUACUGUGCUAUAAUUUGGAAUUUUUUGUUUUGGUUUAUCGAAGAUUUGGCAGCAAAUACUCCUGGAUUUGAUAAAUCACAGCUGAGCACUCUACAAGGACUUAUGUUGACAGUUCAGUGUUACUUAGGGGAAAUACCAUUCUUAUUUGCUUCAGGUUGGAUUAUAAAAAAAGUUGGCCCACCGAAAUCGAUGGUAAUUGUACUUUUCUGUAUUGCACUAAGAUUUCUCCUUUAUUCCUCUCUAACUGAUCCCUGGUGGGUUCUUCCAAUAGAAGUUCUUAAUGGUGUAACAUUUGGUGUCUUUUACGCAAUUAUGGUUACCUACGCCAGUUCAAUCUCGCCACCUGGAGCAGAAGCAACAGUCCAGAAUGUAGUUGGAGCAUUGUUUGAAGGAGCAGGGGUCUCUAUUGGUAGCUUAAUUGGCGGGUACAUGUUCAAGAAAAUUGGAAGUUCUAAGACACUUUUGAUGUUUGGUAUCAGUGCAUUAGCUUUUACUCUCCUUUAUUUAUUUCUUCAGCCCAAGCUGGAAACAGUCACAGAAAAGAAAGGUGUCGUAGUAAGUACAGAAAGCCCAGAAGAAAAGAAGGAAGAAGCCAAUAUUGAAGAACUGGAGAAAUUG